GUACAUUUGGGCACAGAUAAACAGGGAUUUUCAAGCUUCUUCGGUGUGAGAGCCGGGAACUACUGGGUGGGUUGACCUCAAAUUCUUGUCCCGUUAGAGAAUAUUUAUGGUUUCCGACUGAGAUUUCAGUUGGGGUUUUUUGUCCUUCAAUGAAGUCAUUCUGGGUCUCUUUUACCUCUAUGGCUUCUUCAGUGUGUUCCUAUUCUUGGGGAGACUAAAGUUCAAGUUCAUGCAUUACAGCCAUCUCUGGUGCUGCUUCGGCCAAAAGAGUUGCACUGAAUUUGCAGGAAUUUGGGGUGGUUUUAGGGGAGAAGUUAGUUCAAGUGGCUUCUUUUUCAGUUGGGGUUUGAGAAUUUGGUGGGUUUUGGUUGGACCGACCAGGUCCUUGAAAAUCUGUGGGGGAUAGAAAGUGCUUGAAGUGGGUUGGUUUUUAUUCUUCAGCUUCGGUCUCAAAUCCUCAAGUGGACGAGUGUUGAAUUGUGAGAAAAAUGGCGUGUGUUAAAUUAGGGUCCAAAAGUGAUGCAUUUCAGCGGCAAGGGCAGGCCUGGUUUUGUACAACCGGCCUUCCCAGUGAUAUUGUUGUGGAAGUUGGGGAGAUGUCUUUUCACCUACACAAGUUUCCUUUGCUCUCCAGAAGUGGGGUUAUGGAAAGACUGAUUGCUGAGGCAUCGGAAGAAGGUGAAGAAAAAUGCGUAAUAAGACUGCCCGACAUCCCUGGCAGAUCCAAGACAUUUGAGCUCAUAGCCAAGUUCUGCUACGGAGUGAAACUCGAGCUCACUGCCUCAAAUGUUGUAUACCUUCGUCGUGCUUCUGAGCAUCUUGAAAUGACAGAAGAGUAUGGUGAGGGUAAUCUCGUUACGAAGACCGAAAGUUUUCUCAAUCAAGUUGUCCUACGAAAUUGGAAAGACUCUCUGAAGGCGCUUCAAAGUUGUGAAGACAUUCUCCCUCAUGCUGAUGAGAUCCACAUCACGAAGAGAUGUAUUGAGUCACUGGCCACGAAAGCAUCCACUGACCCAAAUCUCUUUGGCUGGCCUAUAAUGGACCAUGGUGGGCCCAUGCAAAGCCCAGGGGGCAGUGUACUUUGGAAUGGGAUAAGCACUGGGGUGAGGCCAAAAAAAGCAAGCUCGGAUUGGUGGUACGAGGAUGUGUCGAGUCUGAGGUUUCCUCUUUAUAAGAGGUUGAUUUCAGCUAUGGGAACCCGUGGUAUUAAACCGGAGAUCAUUGCUGGGUCCCUCACUUUUUAUGCAAGGAAGUACCUUCCUGGGCUGAAUCGGCGUCAGGGUAUUGCUGAGUCCAGUACCCGGUUAGCAUCUGCGACUCUUGGAGCUCCACCUUCAGAGGAGGAGCAGAAGGAUUUACUAGAAGAAGUGGAUAGAUUACUUCCAAUACAGAAGGGCCUUGUCCCAACCAAAUUUUUAUUCGGUCUUCUUAGAACUGCGAUGAUUAUCCGUUCAAGCCCCUCUUGCAUAUCUAAUCUAGAGAAAAGGAUCGGGAUGCAACUUGAUGAGGCGACGCUGGAAGAUCUCUUGAUGCCCAGUUUCUCUUAUUCCACAGAGACUCUGUACAAUGUCGACUGUGUGCAGCAGAUUCUCAAGCACUUCCUCGCCAUGGAUCAAACUACUGGUGGGGCCUCACCUUGCUCAGUUGAUGAUGGCCAGUUGAUUGGCUCACCAUCGGCUUCACUCACCCCAGUCACAAUGGUGGCCAAGUUGAUUGAUGGUUACCUUGCUGAGGUCGCACCUGAUAUUAAUCUGAAGCUGCCCAAGUUUGAGGCUCUUGCUGCUGCUGUUCCGGACUAUGCCCGGCCAUUAGAUGAUGGUCUUUAUCGUGCCAUAGAUAUUUAUCUGAAGUCACAUCCGUGGUUGGCCGAGUCCGACAGAGAACAGCUCUGCAGGCUAAUGGACUGCCAGAAGCUCUCUCUGGAAGCGUGCACGCACGCUGCACAGAACGAGAGGUUACCCUUGAGAAUAAUCGUGCAAGUCCUCUUCUUCGAGCAGCUUCAGCUCAGGACUUCAAUUGCUGGCUGCUUCCUUGUGUCAGACAAUCUCGACGGAUCGAGGCAGCUGAGGAGUGGGCUGGGCGCAUCCGGUGAGGGAGGGUGGGCCACAGCCGUGAGGGAGAAUCAGGUACUGAAGGUGGGGAUGGAUAACAUGAGGAUGCGCGUCUCGGAACUCGAGAAGGAAUGCUCAAACAUGAGACAGGAGAUUGAGAAGCUAGGUCGGGUAAAGGGUUCGAGCACCUGGGGAAGCGUCUCGAAGAAACUGGGGUUUAGGAUGAAGUCUCAGAUGUGCAGUGCUCAAGAAGGAUCAGUCAGCAACCAGAGUAAAGGUUCGGGCAAGACUGAGAAAGUUAAGGUUAAGGACAGACAUGGCAAGCAUAGGAAAAACUCGUCGCCUGAGCGGUAAACGGCCAAAACUCUUUAACUUUUCCGUGUUUCCCUUUUAUAUUCGUUAUUUUGUCGGUGAUUUUCCUACAUUAGGUUUCAGAUCAGCAACUGAAAAUCCCGUUUGUGUAUGUACCAUAGUUGCCAAUUAUUUGUAGCUUCUCAUCGUCUCAAUGAACUGUGUAGUCGGACAUUUUGUAGUUCUUGAACUGGUAGUGAAUGAUUUCCAGUACCCAAUGAGGGCUGGAUCAAACUAAUAAAAAUGUGUCUUCCAAUGUGGUGGUGUUUAUUUCUA